UUAAAUCUACCGACACGUCCCCUCCCAAUUCAGCAUCUCCUCUUCCGAUUUGGCUGUUUUCCCUCUGGUAUUUUGCUUUCUUAAGUUCUUCCCAUUUCGGAAUCGGACCUCUCAAGCAAAGUUCUAAAGACAUGUCUGUUCAAUCACUCUCUGCUUCAGCUGAGCACAACAUCCAAGGGGCGCCCACUCAUGGUGGACGCUACGUUCAGUACAAUGUGUACGGAAACCAAUUCGAGGUUUCCAGAAAGUACGUGCCUCCACUUCGGCCUGUGGGCAGAGGUGCUUACGGUAUUGUUUGUGCUGCUGUAAAUGCUGAGACACGUGAGGAAGUUGCAAUUAAGAAGAUUGGCAAUGCAUUCGACAACAGAAUAGAUGCCAAAAGGACCUUACGUGAAAUUAAACUGCUUCGGCACAUGGAUCAUGAAAAUGUCAUAGCCCUCAAAGACAUCAUUCGACCUCCACAGAAGGAGAAUUUCAAUGAUGUGUACAUUGUGUAUGAAUUAAUGGACACUGAUCUGCACCAAAUAAUACGUUCCAAUCAACUGUUGACUGAUGAUCAUUGUCGGUAUUUUCUGUAUCAGUUGCUACGAGGACUCAAAUAUAUACAUUCAGCAAAUGUUUUGCAUCGUGAUUUAAAGCCGAGCAAUUUGUUCUUGAAUGCCAAUUGUGACCUUAAGAUUGGAGACUUUGGGCUUGCCAGAACUACGUCUGAAACUGAUUUUAUGACUGAGUAUGUGGUCACUCGAUGGUACCGGGCUCCAGAAUUGCUUCUUAAUUGUUCAGAAUAUACUGCUGCUAUUGACAUAUGGUCUGUUGGUUGUAUCCUUGGUGAAAUGAUGGUAAGGCAGCCCCUCUUCCCUGGCAAAGAUUAUGUCCAUCAGCUGAGACUAAUCACAGAGCUCAUAGGUUCACCUGAUGAUGCUAGCCUUGGAUUUCUGCGGAGUGAUAAUGCUCGUAGAUAUGUAAGACAGCUUCCACAAUAUCCCAGACAACAGUUUUCUGCUAGAUUUCCCAACAUGUCUCCUGGUGCUGUUGAUUUGCUGGAGAAGAUGCUUGUCUUUGACCCUAACAGACGCAUUACAGUUGAUGAGGCUCUGUGCCACCCAUACUUGGCACCUCUUCAUGAUAUAAAUGAGGAACCCGUUUGCCCCAGACCUUUCAGUUUUGAUUUUGAGCAGCCGUCAUUUACUGAGGAAGAUAUCAAGGAACUUAUCUGGAGAGAAUCUGUGAAGUUCAAUCCUGAUCCACCGCAUUUCUGAGACACUGCUGUGCAUGCUCGAUGAAAUACUUGAUUGGUUCAUAAACAACACUAUCUGGAAAGCUUUAAGUCCUCCAGAAGGGAAGUUCUGAAAAUAUAUCGAAGAUGAUCGCAACUUAACGAAAGCUUGAUGAAGUCUUUUUAUUUAGCUCAGUCUCACGUUCUUGGAUAUAUGCACUGUUGCCAUGUUUUGUGGCAGAAGGAUCAGAAGUUAAGCAGCACUCUGCGAGGCUGCUUGUGCCGAAAUCUCAGAGAUGUUUCAGCAGAAUAUGUGUGAGAGCUCCUACUUAUUCUUGGUGUAUCUGUCUUUCAGCUAAGACAGACUAGGACCUUAAAUUAUUGCAGUGAUCUGGUGCUGCUAGUUUUUAUAUCCUUUAGGUCAAGAAGCAUACACUAGAACACUUUGAUUUGUAGGGACAGACGUGUGAAUGUACUGGUGUGUUAGUGUUUCGAAUGUUUCAGAAAUAGUAUGGGUUGGUCAGUUUCUCCGAGUUUGGUCAUUGUUUCGGCUGAAGUUAAACAUCAAUGUAAGAAAACUUUUUUCUUUA